GCAGGGAUGGGAGCCGGGAGCUGGGGCCGCCCCGCUCGGGACUUCCCGGCGGGGAUCCCGGCCCCCGGGCCGAUCCCCGAGCCCAGCCCUUGGUGCGGGGCCGGGGCAGGCGGAGCCCGGCUGAAGCGGGUGUCUCCGGCCGCUCCGCCCCCUCUGCCCCGGGAAUUUCCCGGCCGCGUCCCCGCGGGGAUAAGAGCCGUUGCGGGGCGCUGCGGUGGCUCAGAGCUGAGCCGAGCCCAGCACCCAGCGCCCAGCGCCCAGCGCCCAGCACCCAGCACCAGCCUCCGCCGCCCGCCCGCCCGCCCCAUGAGCCGCUCCCGGACCUUCGCCCUCGGCGGCCCCCUGCUGCUGCCGCUGCUGCUGCUGGCGGCCUGCGCCGCGCUCUGCCGGGGGGCCCCCAUGGCCGGCGAGCUGCGGUGCCGGUGCGUGCAGACCGUGUCCGAGGUGAUCUUCCCGAAGCGCAUCGCCCACGUGGAGCUGAUCCCCGAGGGGCCCCACUGCGGGGUGCCAGAAGUCAUCGCCACCACGAAGCAAGGCAAGAAAAUCUGUCUGGAGCCCACCGCGCCCUGGGUCAAGCUGAUCGUCACCAAGAUCCUGAGCAGUAAAUCUAACAAGCUGUGAGGGAAGAAGAGGAAAUGAACAAGGAACUACAACUCAAACUACCUGUGUGCACAAGGGGAAACAAGUGUGAGACUGACAACUAGCCAUGAUGAACUUUCUUCUUUUGAAGGUCUGAUAGACCAGUCUGCGCUCCAUUCAACUUCAAUGCAUUCCAUGAAGUUAUUACAACCUGUGCUUAUUUAUGUAUUAAUUAGUGCAAGUGUGUGUCACUAUUGAAUCUAUUCAGCAGCUAGAUAUUUUGGUUAAGCCCCUGUCCCUGCACUUUGCAGGGUUGGGUCCAGAAAGAUUCUUUGCUAUGAUGGGAAUCAGUUUAGGAAAAGAAGGCCUAGAAAAGACACCUGUUUAUAUAUAAAAAUAGUUUUCAGGGCCUCUGCAAACUCUAGGUGUAAAAAUGUCAAUUUUUUUUAGUCUAGACAUUAUUUUAAGGGGGUAGCAUCCCUCCAUCUGGCUACCUCUUUACUGAAUUCUAUGGGGGUAUUUUCAGAAGGAAGCGUUAGACCUAUAGACACAGUACAUACUGCAUGGACUUUUUUUUAGUGGGUAGAAAAACCAUUUGCUGCUUGGUUAUGGAAUUUUGAGUUCUAUCAAAAUACAUGGAAGAAAAUGGGAGUCUUGCUGUUUUAUCUCAUAUUACAUUAGAGAAACCACAUGAUGGUGUGGUACAGAAACCUCUGUCAUCAUGAGUGUGGGACGGUCACACAGCAUUGCAAAUCAAUGACAGUAAAUCCUCUAGACUCCACCACCAUGCAGUCUUGGACACAAAUACAGGAAAAAUGAACUAGCGUGGAGAUGCUUUGUUCUUACUCAUUCUGUGUAUCCCUGCGCUUGGAGAGCUAGCCUGCCCUGUGCACGAUAUAUCCAACUUCUCAGGAUUGAAUAGAGGAAAGUACUAACUGGUGUUGGAAGUUUCUUCAAGUGAUGUAAAAUAGCUUUUCUAUAAAUAACAUUAAUUGGUGCACACAGGACACAUUAUUCAACUGUUGUUGUUUUUUCUGGUAGCCCAACUGCCUUUUUUCAUUUUCACUUUGUACUGACCAGUCUAGUCAAUAUAUUUUAAUAAAGGAAAUAUUUAUUUUUUUAAAAUACCAUCAUUACUUAAAUAUUGCAUUUUAGUACAGUAGAAUUAGCAAUGCCAUUUAUUGUACAGAAACAUGACAGUAUGUCAUAUAAUGAAGACAUAAAAGUCCAAGGAUGUUCAGAAUGUUACUGUUCUUAAAUCUUCAGCAUAAAUACCAAAUAUUAAAUUUUCAUAUAAAAUAUUGAAGAACAUUCAUAUCAAAAGACAGUCCUUUAUGGCUAUAACAGUUUAGCUACUGCCUGAAAGCCACAUUUCCAUGAAGAUCAUUUAACUAGUAUCUCCUUAUCAUAGUUCUGUGAAACAGAUUAUGACUCAAACAGCUGAUUCUGUGUCCAGAGACAUCUACCUAGACAACAGAUUUCAGGCCUGUAGCAAGUUCCUAUACUUGCUCCAGAUGGCUUAUUUUGUAAUCCUGAAUAUUUGGUGGCUCCAGAAUCUGAAGUUCUGGUUAUUCACAAGCCAAGCAUUGCACACAGUGCUAUCCAUCUUCACCUGCUCAGAAUACUGGAGGUGAUGGGUAGUUUAGAAUGUGUAUUGGAUUAACAAUGAGCCCUCUCUUGACCCACUACUGCUCAUAAUCACUUCAUGUAAUCAGACAAAUGUGUAUAGGGACAACUUCUCCAAAGACUGAGAGUACCUGAAUUGUUUGAGUUGUAACAGGACCCAGGACAGGGGCUUAACCAAAAUAUCUAGCUGCUGAAUAGAUUCAAUAGCAACACACACCUGAACUAAUUAAUACAUAAAUAAGCACAGGUUGUAAUAACUUCGUGGAACGCAUUGAAGUUGAAUGGAGCUCAGGCUGGUCUAUCAGACCUUCAAAAGAAGAAAGUUCAUCAUGGCUAGUUGUCAGCCUCACACUUGUUUCCCCUUGUGCACACAGGUAGUUUGUGUUGUAGUUGCUUGUUCAUUUCCUCUUCUUCCCUCACAGCUUGUUAGAUUUACUGCAACAGUCAAACAACAGAAUACACAUUACAAGUGACAUCCGGAAAGACCUCAUCUGGACUCAUUUCUGCUUUUGCCUUUCCCCUGUACAGGCUCUGAGCUUGCAUUCCCUGUGCACUAGCCUCCAGCAGACCUCUAUUGGAGCUCUGUGGGUCACAAGGAAUAGUGGACAGUGAUGAUACAGGUAGAUCAAUGGCAUUUAGUGUCAGGGAUCCCACCAGCCACAUGUUGCAGCCCAGUUUGAUGGGUAAGGGUAAGAAUACAGAAAUUCUAUGUAAACUGUUAUGCUGGAUGACUCCCAGGCUGUCUCACCUCAUAAUAUAGCCUGGGCCACAUAGGGCCACAGAAUUGUAACCAAUGGAUAAUUCUGAUAAAAAUCUGGCCCAUUGUCACUGCAACACCCACACCUGCUUCAGACUCACUCUGCCGCUUCAUUGACCCUGGAUAACAUGUGCAACAGAGCUGAACUGAUGGGACCCUGGCCACUGACACAACACAAACAGCCACACCCCCAGGGCAGGUACCUGCUCAGGAUCUUGGUGACGAUCAGCUUGACCCAGGGCGCAGUGGGCUCCAGACAGACUUUCUCACUGUCCUUCCUGGUGGCUCUGUGGGGAGGCAGAUGAGAGAGCAGGGUGAGCACGGGAAGUGUUUUCCCCAGGAAUUGAAAUUGGGGGGUGUGCUCAUAUUUACAGGGGGCGGGAGUCAGGGCCGAUUAGGGAUGAGACUGUGAGGGUGAAGGUGGGCUGUAUGGCAA